UAAACGCGCGCGUUUGUGGAAGAGCCGCGGGACCCACAGUGGGCAUGUGAGCGUUUGCCUCAGGCGACGAUCUGGUUCCCGAUCCCCCGCGGUUUCUGUUGAAGAGGCAAAUCACAGGAACUUUCCCCCCGUACAGAGAGGACCAGUGGUGGUCGUUCAUUCUUUAUCAACUCAACAACCCUUCUCGGCUUACAUUCAUUCUCAUCUAACUACGCUCUUUCUUUUUUCAUUCACCAUAUUCACCAUAUCGCUUUUAUUUUGAUCGCACAUUCGACUUAGUCUAUUCAAUGUAAUCUGUUUUGUUCUCCGCCCUUUCUUCUCACUACUAGUUCUCAUGAACAAUGAACGAUCUCUCGGAUGCGCCUCUUCCUCAGAUCCGUCGGUCUGCCACUCUUCCUCCCAAAUUAAACCCACGUCUAAAACGCAGUGUGGAGUCGUCGAGGCCCUCGGGGAACGAUCUUUUUUACCAUCCUGCAGCCAAAGUCGUUCAUUUCGCCCCGAGAGCGCUUGCGCCUAUCCCAUCAAGUAAUUCGCCAGCGGACUUCGAUUACCCGGUGGAUACCGUUGAGACCCUUCCAUGGAGGUCGCCCACCGAAAGAACAGUCGCUUUUGCGCCCCUUCGGCUUGAGAAAGUUCACGGCCUAACUGUGUUCCUCAAAUGCGGCAGUGUCGUCCAUGCGAUCCUUAAGAACUCUCAGUGUUGGUGUGUUGACGGAGAGUCCACUUUUGUUCUACGCAUCCGUCCCCUCACGUACUAUCGCAUCGAACUUCCAAAUGAAUCAGAAGAAGAUAAGGAGUCUGUCGGGGCAAUGAAAGUGGCCUUGCCUCAGAUACUCCGCUACGAAGUCACACCCUGCCCGUUCAAAAGAGGUUUCACUGUCGAGAUACCGGAGGAGGCCAAAGUCCCGCGGCGCAAGAGGGCAUGGCGUCCCAAAGGGCGAAGGGAAAGCGCACCUAUACUUGCACGCUAUAUACAAGAUAAAGGCCCGGUUCACGAAGACAUCCCGACCGAGCCUCUGAGCGCUGGCGAAGAUACUGAUGGGAACUUGACAGAUGACAGCUGCUUCACAACAAAAGGCAGUAAUAGCACAACUCUCGAGACCAUUCCGGACGAUAACGAACUUCCAAUAUCUACCAGUAUCCCUGAAACCAUGAAUGUGUCUCAAUGCUCUGUGUCUGAGACUCAACAGAGCUUCCAAACCUUGCUGGCAAGGUUUGAAGAUACGCCAGAACCCAUUUUAGAACCUGAUAUGUCAUUGUCGUCAAGUGUUGACUCGUUCCACUCUGCCGCACUUUCAUCGUCCUCAACCCCCGACUCGAAUUCGGGUUCAACUUUCCCUUCGGCCACGUCAAUCGAUGGCACUAACCUUGGUCUGAGUGACCGCGGUAACAAUCGAAGUCAGUCGGAGAAUCUAACAUUUCAGGAGGUUGAUUUCUCUGCCAAAAGCUCUCUGUCAGAUAUUAAGUGCCAAGAUUACUGCUCGUCUCGGCCCCGGGCUUCUCCUAGGGCUUCUUUCUCGGAGGAUGAAUAUAGACGAGUGCCUGGUGCACUACCGGAUGACCAGAUGUCAAUUGCAAGCUAUGCUGGUACUUCGAAGAGCACAGACUCAAACCCAAAUCUCAGCAGUAUGAGCAUUGAAUUUCGUCGUCGGUCUAAGGCGUCCUGUGAACGAGUACUUUCCCCGAUGCCACCGCAAUCCGCUUUGACCCUCACUAGUCCUUCGGGAAAGCAAAACACGACGUCUUUCAUCCAGAAGACAUGCACAGUGGUUCUUGUUCCUCCGAUACAGUUAUUCAUUGUCCUUAUUCAUAUUGCAGCUCGGAUUGUAUUAGGCCCAGCCUUGACAUCGGCCGUAGGGGAUUUGAACCGCAAGUUCGAAUGCCAAGUGACGAACCCUCAGGAGGCUGUGGACGACUUUGAUCUUCCUCUUGCACCCGACUGUCCCCGGAAGCAGUCGAUAUCGGAAGAGGCCAACUCGUGGGAGUUGGAUUAAAUCAUUUGCCAAGGUAACUUGCGUAACUUGGCAGUUUCUCUCUUUGACUUAUCUUCUCCUUUCAGUUUCAUUACCUAUUAGUCCACUCACAUUUGUUUCUUUAAGUUCCUCGUACUCGGCAUGAUGUCCUUGUUUCCAUGAUGAUGAUUUGUGCACUAUUUCACUAUUUCUCGGUUUUGGGUACCUGUACGGUUUUUGGGCGGAUCUGUUCUUCCUUUAAAUACUUGUUCUCUAAUGUCCCCUUUGUACUUUAGCAUACUUAGGUAUAGUGAUAGCUAAUAUACCCUGCUACUAUUAGUUGGAAAAGGGAA